GCCGCCCAUGCCUGCUGCUGCUGCUGCUGAGAGCUGCAGCUUUCUGUCAAACUUUCAUUUGAAUACCUGUUCGAGCUGCCGGCACGUCAUGCAAAUGUGCCUCUGGCAUCUGUGGACCCAUUCAGCCCUUCUUCCCUGGACCUGGACUUGAACCCGGGGAUCUGUCCUCUGAGGAGAACCAGCUCUAAAACCUUUAACUGUUACUUCUUUCUGAACCUGCCGCAUAAGAAGUGAAAAAAAAAUAAAUUAAAUAAAACAGGAGCAGCUGUGGCAGCAUCUGCGAGUGAAACCAGGAGCUCGGCUGACGUGUGCUUGUUCCUCUUUACGCCACUUCAGAUCAGACAGCUCGAACUUCCUCCUUUGAGUCCAGUGCCUCGUCCUUCCACCGCCCCAUCAACAUCUGCAGCCUGACCCUCGGAGGGUUAGGAAGGGAUGGACGCCCCCGCCYAGCAAUGAGGACCCAGCUUCCCGCAGUCAUCUGAGCCCAGAAGACCAUCCAGGACCACGACACACGACCUGCUUCUCCAAGCGACAGACGAAAAGGCGACGGCACCAUGGGCUGCGUCGGCUCUAAGAAGGAGCAGGAGGCUCUCGGUAAGGCGGCAAACGGCGAGCAGCAGAGCAAAGCGCAGACGGCCCACUACGUCAAAGACCCCACGUCCGGCUCGAAAACUGGCAAAAUGCAAUCCAACGCAACAACCUCUGAAAGUGAGAACCUUGCCAUUGCACUCUACGACUAUGAGGCUAUUCAUGAAGGAGAUCUGGGCUUUAAGAAGGGAGAUAAGCUCAAAAUCUUAGAAGAAUCAGGCGAGUGGUGGAAGGCCAUGUCAAUCAUCUCCGGUCAGGAAGGCUUCAUCCCGAGCAACUAUGUAGCUAAAGAUACUCUGGAAGCAGAGGACUGGUUCUUCAAGGGAGUGAGCCGGAAAGAUGCAGAGAGGCAGCUGCUGGCCCCUGGGAACCGAGUCGGGUCCUUCAUGAUCCGGGACAGCGAGACCACCAAGGGCAGCUACUCUCUGUCCGUCAGAGACCUUGACCCUCAGGCCGGAGACACGGUGAAACAUUAUAAAAUUCGAACGCUGGACAACGGAGGAUUCUACAUUUCUCCUCGUAUCACCUUCACCACCCUGCUGGAGCUGGUCAGCCAUUACAAGAAGCAGGGAGAUGGUCUUUGCCAAAGCCUGACAUCUCCAUGUUUGAGCCCCAAACCUGAAAAGCCAUGGGAAAAAGACGCCUGGGAAAUCCCAAGAUCUUCCCUAAAACUGGAUAAGAGACUCGGCGCCGGACAGUUUGGAGAAGUCUGGAUGGCUACGUAUAAUAAGCACACKAAGGUGGCCGUGAAGACCAUGAAGCCAGGGAGCAUGUCGGUCGAAGCCUUCAUGAUGGAGGCCAACCUGAUGAAGAGUCUACAGCACGACAAACUGGUCCGACUCAACGCUGUGGUCACCAAGGAGGAGCCUAUUUAUAUCAUUACUGAGUAUAUGGAAAAAGGUAGUUUAUUAGACUUCUUAAAGAGCGARGAAGGGAACAGAGUCCAGCUCCCAAAGCUCAUCGACUUCUCGGCUCAGAUCGCAGAAGGCAUGGCCUACAUCGAACAGAAAAACUACAUCCACAGAGACUUAAGAGCCGCCAACAUCCUGGUUAAUAAGGCUCUGGUCUGCAAAAUCGCAGACUUUGGGCUCGCUCGAAUCAUUGAGGACAAUGAGUACACAGCCAGGGAAGGAGCUAAAUUCCCCAUCAAAUGGACGGCUCCUGAGGCCAUCAACUACGGGUCUUUCACAAUAAAAUCUGACGUCUGGUCGUUUGGGAUUUUGUUGACAGAGAUUAUUAGCUAUGGACGCACACCAUACCCAGGGAUGACUAACCCAGAGGUGAUCCGUUCCUUGGAGAAGGGCUAUCGAAUGCAGCGCCUGGAGUCAUGUCCCACUGAACUCUAUGAAAUCAUGCUGGAGUGCUGGAAGAACAAGCCCGAGGAUCGGCCCACUUUCGACUACCUGCAGAGCGUCCUGGAGGAUUUCUACACGGCCACAGAGAGCCAGUACCAGCAGCAGCCAUGAGGCGGUUGUUCACAGCACCGUUGCGUUAAAAACGUACCGUAACAGAAAGUUCAGCUCAUAAAUUCAACCCAUUUCAAAAUGGCCACCACAGCCAGCUACCCUUAAAGGGAACUCCAACUAGUUAUAAAAUCAGACAUUAUUUGACAAACAUUUAAUUCAACUGUAAAAGAAAGACUGUUAAAAUACUGUAGGAUCUAAACUUUUUUUUAUAAAUUAAAAAUAAUAUAUUGUCACAUGUACACCAUGUUAUUUAUGCRGCAAAGCAUUCUGGGUAAAUGACGUGUACUACUUGCUCCYGUGAGAGCUCUAUACAGCMUUAACAUUAAUUUUGAACAUUGUUUGACGUUUAGCCCUUUUAAAAUAAACUGGAGAACAUUGACAGAGAGAAGAAUGUAGAAAUGACUCAACUCACAACUGAAAAUGAUGAUGGACCUCAGCUUUGGUCUUUUAGCUUUCAAGUUAGCUCCUGAGCUAGUAUAUAGCAAUAUAUAGUGUUAGCUUCAGAGCUAAUAUAUAUAGGGUUAGCUCUGAAGCUAUUAGCUACUAUAUAUGGCAUUAGCUCUAGACUCUAGAGCUUGUAAAUAUAGCAUUAGCUUUAGAGCUAAUAAAUGUAGAAUUAGCUCUGGAGCUAUUAAUGGAGCAUCAGGUCUUGAACUAUAUUCACUGUGAUACAUGAUGUUAGCUCCAUAGCUAAUAUAAAUGAUGUUAGCUCUAGAGCUAAUUAAUGUAGCAUUAGC